GAGGUGGUUUGUCAAGCCCCAACCUAACCAAAAAGAAGAAGGGGAAGAAGACCCGGGAAAUAACAAACAAAAAGAUGAAAACAAAGCAGGCAGAGAAAAGAGAAUUUACACUAAAAACUAACUUUUGAUAUAAGUAUUUAUUGUAUGCAAAUACGCACAUUAAGGUGUUCAGUGAUGAUUUAUCUUAAUGCCCAGAAAAGUUACAAAGACAGCAAAGCCUUCGCUGCAAUUCUUGGAGCGGCCUUUGUGUGGAGCCAAACUCCAAAAUGUGCCCGAAAUCCGAGCAGCACUCAAUGCCAGAGAUUUCUUCACAGAGGCAGAAGCACAGAGCAGCUCAGCUCUUAAUUCCUGGGUUAGGCCACAAUUUGACAUUUCAGUUGCAACUGCACCUCCAGUGAGACGAGGGAGGAGAAAGUGUCAGUCUGCCACAAGCAUCUUGGAUAGCUGCAGUCAGCUGUCCAGGAAAAAUAGUGUCUGCAAAUUCCCCCAAUUACUGUUUAAAACAGGGUCAAAAGACCAAACUCAGCAAUCAAAGGGGAUCUCCAAGAAGAAAGCUAUAGAGAGUACUCAUGUGGGAAGGAAACCUGCCGAAAAGAAAAGGACAGUUUCAGCUGCACAGUGCUCUAACCUACCAAAGGGACAGUUUGCCUCAGUAAGAAAAAAGAGCGCUGAAACAUUCUCAGACGACACUUCAUCCCACCAGAGAUGUUUGGCUGAACCUGACAGACCAUCUGUGCAAGUGUCAGAGAGAUGCAGAAUUCCAGCAGUCUGUGCUUCAACACUUCCCUGUGAAGAGUUUAGCACCACUGAAGUCAGCAGUGUCUGUCCACCUCCUGAUGUGGACACUCCGAAAGCAAUGGAGGAAAGGAACAUUUCUCCGUCUACCCCCUGUGGACAUUUGCUGCUGGCUCAGCCGUGUACGCCUCCAUGUAAUGAGUCACCUGACAUUUUGGUGGCUGACACGCCAGAGAGGGACUAUGGAAUGAAGGUGACAUGGAGAAGAAGAAAGAACUUGAUGGUGUUGUUAAAACAGAGGGGCCAUCUCUCUGAGGCAGAUGCUUUAAUUCAAAGUUGAUGUAGAGAUUGUAAGAUUUGUCUGUAUUCUCAUAAUAGCUGCAGAUUAAUUUCCUGUUUAUUGGUUAAUUGACUAAUUGUUGCAGUUCUAAACAUCAUAAUGCCACAUCUGACAAAGUCUGUUAUGAACCCCCUCUGAACAACAUUUUUAUGCAUGAGUUUAAAAUAUAACUUUAGUAAAUUAGUUUAAUGGGUGUGAUAUUAAAAUCUGUCUUGUGACAGACAGAUUCUAAUGAUACUGUACUGUUUUUAUAAAUUAUGUUAUAUACAGUAGAUUUAAUCCUCACUUGUGGCAACAUAUCUGGAUUGUUAUUCAUAUGCUAAUGGAUUUUGAUAGCAGACAUCUGGAAGAAUGUUUAAUCUAUAUUAACUUUAACUGAAAUAUCCAAAAAUUAAGAAGCACAAAAUAAGUACUCAAGUUAACUGUGUGAUCUAACGACUGGUCUUCUGAAGGGCCAUUUAAGAUUGUUUUUGAUGAUUCUGCUGUGCAAUUUAAAAAUAGGCAUAAAAUAAAUGUUUAAGGGGAAAGAGAAAGCUUGAUUAUUGAGUAAACUCUCAGGCUUCCUGUGACCCCCUACACCUGGGAUUGCUCUGCAUUUUUAUCCCUCCUUCUAGCAUUCCAUUUAUUGAGACAACAUCCCAGAUUGUGAUUGGCUCUUGGUAAGUCAAGACGUCACACUAAAAGUGUUGACCCUAAAAAAGCUGUGCUGAUCCCUGGAUGCAUCCCUUCUGAAACGAAAGAUGAAAUAAGUGUUUAACAGUUACAGUGACACAACCGUUCAAAGACUUUCCCAGAAACCACUGAAAAACACUAGUUUCCAUUUAUGUUACAUGGUAGAUGCCAGACCUGUAACUUGCAGGUUUGUGAGUAGUUAGAUAUACCAUUAAUUCAGACUACCUCACAGCAGUGUUAACGUGUUCCACAAAAACAUACUUUGACCCACAUUUAGUUUGCAGUAAAGUUAUAUUGCUAUAAUUGCAGUUGGGUUGGAUUGGACAGG